AUAAAGGAGAGACUUGCCUUUAGUUGUGAGGAGAUCAUAAACAUUAUAGAUCUCCAAUAAACCCAGAGAAAAUAAUUAUGAGUUUUAAUUCUAUUAAUCUAAGCUUUUUCUUUCUUGUUUUCUUUUUCCUUAUAACCGGGUUUGCCACUUCCUCCACCCAUAUUUUACAUCGUGUCCUUCGAGAGAGCAAAGGUCAUCGCGUCCCCAAGCAUUCAAUUCCAUGCCAACAUGAUUUCCAAACCAUGAACUACACGAUCAUAACAAGCAAGUGCAAAGGACCGGAUUCCCCAAAAAGGGACUGCUGCAAUGCACUGUUAGAUUUUGUUUGCCCGAUCGCUGAUAUAAUCAAUGACGACAAGACUGACUGUGCUGUACUCAUGUUCUGUAGCAUAAGACAGCAUGGGGAUUACCCACCAAGUAUGUUCUUCAACAUGUGUAGAAACGGGACACAUGCUCUUAAUUGUCCUGAAAUCUGAAUACAUGCGCCUGGAACCCAUUCUAAACGACCAUCGGUGUGUCCUCCAGAGAAAGAAUUUACAGUCAAAGACAAACUUAUGCCAU